UAUAUCCACAUGUAUAUUUUUCAUAGACGAGGGCUAAAUGCUUGCUUCCCGAUUGCUUAGAAAGUUAUCUAGAUAUCGACUUUCUCGAAAUAUUGCCACAUCUGAAGUGUGCCGGACUUCGACGAUACUCCGCUUCGGCCAGAAACCUUUGACCGAGUGUCUCACGAGACCGAGUGUCACAGCUGGUGAUCGAACAAGGCAAUUUCGCAGCAACACCGAUAAUACGAUGUCGACACAGAGAGGGUUAUUUCCAGAAAUAGAACCAUUCGAUUCUGGAAAACUCAAAGUAUCGGAAAUACACGACAUUUAUUAUGAACAAAGUGGAAACAACGAUGGAAAUCCUGUUAUAUUCAUUCAUGGAGGCCCCGGUGGUGGCACCUCUUCCCGAGACAGACGAUAUUUUGACCCGAAAGCAUACAGAAUUAUUCUUUUUGACCAGAGAGGAGCUGGAAAGUCUACACCUCCGGCAGAAUUAAGAGAAAACACAACCUGGGACCUUGUCGAGGAUAUAGAGCAUUUGAGAAAACACCUGGGAAUUAAUAAAUGGGUAGUGUUUGGAGGUAGCUGGGGAUCCACGCUGUCUUUAACAUAUGCUGAAACACACCCAGAUCGUGUGAAGGCACUUGUCCUCCGAGGAAUUUUCAAUCUACGCAGGCGGGAAUUGUUAUGGUUUUACCAGGAUGGGGCAAACCAUUUAUUUCCUGAUCAUUGGGAAAGUUACCUGGCUCCUAUACCAGAGGUAAACAUUUGCUUAAACUGGCGAAGAGGAGAUCUAAUGGGUGCUUACUAUAGACAUCUGACCAGUGAUGAUGAAGAAAAGCGCAUCAAAGCAGCCAAGGCUUGGAGUAAAUGGGAAAUGGCCACAUCCCGCUUGUUAGUGGAUGAUGACCUAUUAAAGAGAGCUGAGGGAGACAUAUGGUCACAACAGUUCGCCAGGAUUGAAAGUCAUUACUUUGUACAUGGAGGAGGAUGGUUCAAGACCGAUACUCAAAUUUUAGACGAUGUGGAGAAAAUUCGUCACAUUCCAGCGACCAUAAUUCAAGGGCGUUAUGAUGUUGUUU